CUUCUGUGAAGCCGCCGAUCGACAAGGGGAAAUCCUUCACAAGUUGCUGAUGUCGGGGAGGUCUGAAAAAUCUCGUAUAUCUUCUUCACGUUCAUGGGCAGCUGGCUUGCAUGGCUCCAAUCCGUCGACGUACUCGCCUGUUUGCAUUGAGCCGCAAGAUGGGAAAAUGGAAGCCGACGAGAUUGAUGCAUUGCCUGGACAACCAGACGGCGUUGAUUUUGAUCAAUACGCAGGAUAUGUGACUGUUGAUCAAAAGGCUGGUCGAGCUUUGUUCUAUUACUUCGUCGAGUCACCUCGCAAUUCUUCGUCUAAUAAUCCCUUGAUUUUGUGGCUCAAUGGAGGGCCAGGAUGUUCGUCAUUGGGGUAUGGGGCUAUGAGUGAGUUAGGACCAUUUAGAGUAAACAGUGAUGGCCAAACGCUCUUCAGGAAUGACUUUGCAUGGAACAAUGUGGCAAACGUGAUCUUCCUUGAAUCGCCGGCUGGUGUGGGCUUUUCUUUUUCUAAUACAUCCUCCGACUACGACAAUGCCGGGGAUACCACCACCGCAAUCGACACCUACACUUUUCUGGUCAACUGGUUGGAGAGGUUCCCUCAGUAUAAAAGCAGGGAUUUUUUCAUCGCGGGUGAGAGCUAUGCCGGUCACUACGUCCCUCAGCUAGCUUCCACUAUUCUCUACAACAAUGAAAACACAAAUCAAACUGUUAUCAACCUCAAAGGCAUUGCUGUGGGAAAUGGGUUGCUGGAUGAGGCCAUAACUUUACGGGGGAUAUAUGAUAAUUUCUGGACACGUGCUUUGAAUUCAGACGAAACCUACAAAGGAAUCCAUAAAUACUGUGACUUUGCCAAUGAUACUGCUUCAGAAAAAUGCUUUGAUUUCACUGGUCAGGCCGAUGAUGAGAUAGGAGACAUCGACAUUUAUAACAUUUAUGCUCCCAUUUGCCUCGACUCUUCUCUGAAAAAUGGCUCCCACGGUAGUGUGCACGACUUUGAUCCUUGCACGGAUUAUUAUGUGGAGAAUUAUCUAAAUAUUCCAGAGGUACAAAAGGCCCUCCACGCAAAUCAGACUGAAUGGACCCAUUGCAGAGAUUAUGCAUGGACAGAUCGGCCACCUACUAUUCUACCUAUUCUAAAAAAUAUCAUUCAAAGUGGAGUGAGUGUCUGGAUAUACAGCGGGGACAAGGAUGGGCGUGUGCCGGUUGCUGCGACCAGGUUUUCAUUGAACGUGUUAAAGCUUGGGGUGAAGAAGGGUUGGCAUGCAUGGUAUAGCGAGAAAGAGGUAGGAGGGUAUGUGGUGGAGUAUGAAGGAGGAUUGGCAUUGGUUACAGUGAGAGGGGCUGGCCAUUUGGUCCCAAGCAACCAGCCACAACGUGCACUAACCUUCAUCUCUUCUUUCCUUCAAGGGACUCUCCCUCCUUCCACCCCAUGA